CAUGAACCUUGAGCCUCCCAAACCAGAGAUCAAAUCUGCCACCCGGGUCACUGGGGGCCCUGCCACACCACGCAAGGGGCCACCCAAAUUCAAGCAGAGGCAAACUCGUCAGUUUAAGAGCAAGCCCCCAAAGAAGGGCAUCCAGGGCUUUGGAGAUGAUAUUCCUGGCAUGGAAGGUUUAGGCACUGAUAUCACUGUCAUCUGCCCAUGGGAGGCCUUUAACCACCUGGAGCUGCAUGAGCUGGCCCAGUAUGGCAUUAUCUGA